AUUGAAAAUAGUGUGUGUUUGAUUACAAAAAAUUGCCACUUUUGUUAAUGUCACAUAUGUAAACAAAGGCACAUAGACAAAUAGUAUGUUGUUAACUCUAAUAUAUUGUCAUCGAUUUUAUUUGUAUAUAACAGAAUGAGUGUUAAAAAGGUGAUAUUAAAUAUAAACGGUGAAAUUACGAACAGCGGACUGUUAAUAAAUUUGCCAGAUGAUUUAGAUGAUUUAUUAAAAACAGCAUCUUGCGAGUUAAACAUAACAGCACGAAGACUAUUUUUGGAAGAUGGAACAGAGAUUAAAGAUAUUUCGUAUAUCCGUAAUAGGGAUAAGAUUUAUUUUUCCGAAGGGGAAGACUUUAAACACUCACCUAUCUCUGUUGGGUCUAAUUCAGACUGGAUAACUUUAAAUGUAGGAGGAAAACUUUUCACUACGUCGAAGCGAACAUUAACUAAUAGCGAACCUUCUAGUAUGAUUGCAAGAAUGUUUUCUGAAGAUACUGGCGGUUAUUUAUCUCCGAGUAGUCUAGAUAAAAAUGGGGCGUAUUUAAUAGACAGAACACCGACUUACUUUGAACCGUUACUGAAUUAUCUCCGAUGUGGUCAGCUAGUUUAUGAUAAAAAUAUAAAUCCCGAAGGAAUUCUUGAGGAAGCCAAGUUUUUUGGUAUAGAAUCAGUUAUACCAAUAUUAGAACAGUGCAUUAGUAAACAAAAACAAAAUAGAGACAAUUUACCAUUAACUAGGAGAGAUGUAAUUGAAGCUCUAAUAAAGAGCCCCCAUUCGGCAGAAUUGAGAUUUCAAGGUGUAAAUUUAUCAGGAGCGGAUUUAAGUAGACUUGAUUUAAGGAAUAUAAAUUUCAAAUAUGCCAAUUUACAAGGAUGCAAUUUGAUGGGAGCUAAUUUGAGUUGGUGUUGUUUAGAAAGAGCUGAUUUUUCUCAUGCUGUGUUAGAUACAGCUCAAUUAUUAGGUGUAAAAAGUCUUUGUGCUAAUUUCGAAGGUGUGACAAUGAGAAACUGUAAUUUCAAAGACCCCGCCGGUUUUAGGGCUAACAUGGAAGGUGUUAAUUUAAAGUGUGCAAUAUUGGAAGGUAGCGAUAUGGGUGGAGUUAAUUUAAGAGUAGCAACUUUGAAGCAUGCUAAUCUGAAGAACUGUGAUUUGAGAGCAGCCGUACUUGCUGGUGCUGAUUUAGAGAAUUGUGACUUAUCUGGAAGCGAUUUGCAUGAAGCCAAUUUAAGAGGAGCAAAUCUCAAAGACGCCGCCUUUGAACUAAUGCUUACUCCCCUACAUAUGUCACAAACUAUUCGGUAGUUCUGUUUAUUGAAAAAAAAAAAUAAAUUCCACUAAGAACUAAGGUGGUGAAAACUUGUAUUUGUACAUAACCUAACUUAUAUUUUAUCAAUAUAGAGAUUACACUUAGAAAA